CUCUCAUUUCUCACCUAACAAACAAAAAUCCCUCAUUUUCUCUCUUUGUAAAAAUCUUCAAUGAGUGAUUAUAGAUUAUGGAGUAAUAGUAAUACUACUAAUACAUCUGAUGAUAACAUGAUGGAUGCUUUUUUAUCUUCAGAUCCACCAUCUUUUUGGCCUGGAACUGCUUCUUCAACUCCCAAUCGAACUUCCAUUUCUCCGGUUCCGAUGAACGGAGGAGGAGGAACAGACCCAUUAAAAACGAUGCCGUUUUUCAAUCAAGAAUCACUACAACAAAGGCUUCAAGCUUUAAUCGACGGUGCUCGUGAAUCAUGGGCGUAUGCUAUUUUCUGGCAAUCAUCUUCGUCUGUUGUUGAUUUUGCGAGCACGUCGGUGUUGGGUUGGGGAGAUGGGUAUUAUAAAGGUGAAGAAGAUAAGAACAAACGGAGAGCAUCAUCGUCUUCUCCUAAUUUUUUAGCUGAACAAGAGCAUCGGAAGAAGGUUCUCCGGGAACUGAAUUCCUUAAUUUCCGGCGUACAGAACGCCGGCGGCGGCGGAGCAGAUGAUGCUGUAGAUGAAGAAGUUACAGAUACUGAAUGGUUUUUUCUUAUUUCAAUGACCCAAUCGUUUGUUAACGGAAACGGGCUUCCGGGCUUGGCGAUGUACAGUUCAAGCCCGAUUUGGGUUACUGGAAUAGAAAAAUUAGCUGCUUCCCAAUGUGAACGGGCCAGACAAGCUCAAGGAUUCGGGCUUCAGACGAUUGUUUGUAUUCCUUCAGUUAAUGGUGUUGUCGAGCUUGGUUCAACUGAGCUUAUAUUUCAGAGCUCGGAUUUCAUGAACAAGGUUAAAUUUUUGUUCAACUUCAAUAUUGAUAUGGGUUCGGCUUCUGUGCAUUCCGAGCCCGAUCCGUCAGCCCUUUGGCUGACGGAUCCAUCUUCCUCAAUUGUGGAAGCUAAGGAUUCUUUAAUUACAGUUCCUUCAAGUAAUGUUAGUAAACAACUUGUGUUUGGGAAUGAGAAUUGUGAAAAUGGUGCUCAAAAUCAUCAGCAUUCUCAACAAACACGAGGAUUUUUCACUAAGGAGUUGAAUUUUUCGGGUUAUGGAUUUGAUGGAAGUAGUACUAGGAAUAAAAAUGGAAAUUCUUCGAUUUCUUGUAAGCCGGAGUCGGGGGAGAUACUGAAUUUUGGUGAUAGUAGUAAGAGAAGUGGGAGCUUGUUUUCAGGCCAAUCCCAGUUCGGGGUUGGGCCCGGGCUCGCGGAGGAGAACAAGAACAAGAACAAGAAAAGAUCACCUGUAUCAAGGGGAAACAAUGAAGAAGGAAUUCUUUCGUUUGUUUCGGGUGUGAUCUUGCCAACUUCAACAACGGGGAAGUCCGGUGGAGGUGGGGAUUCGGAUCACUCAGAUCUCGAGGCCUCAGUGGUGAAGGAGGCCGUUGUAGAACCUGAAAAGAAGCCGAGGAAGCGAGGUAGGAAACCAGCUAAUGGAAGGGAGGAACCCUUGAAUCACGUGGAGGCGGAGAGGCAGAGAAGGGAGAAAUUGAAUCAAAGAUUCUACGCUCUCAGAGCCGUAGUCCCAAAUGUGUCGAAAAUGGAUAAGGCAUCACUACUUGGAGAUGCAAUUGCAUACAUCAAUGAGUUGAAAUCAAAGGUUCAAUAUUCAGAUUCAGAUAAAGAAGAGUUGAGGAGCCAAAUUGAAUCUUUAAGGAAAGAAUUAGCCAACAAGGGUUCAUCAAACUAUCCCGUCCCCCCUCCAUCGAAUCAAGAUCUCAAGAUUGUCGAUAUGGACAUAGACAUUAAGGUGAUUGGAUGGGAUGCUAUGAUUCGUAUACAAUGUGGUAAAAAGAACCAUCCAGCCGCGAGGCUAAUGGCAGCCCUCAAGGACUUGGACCUAGACGUGCACCACGCUAGUGUUUCCGUUGUGAAUGAUUUGAUGAUCCAACAAGCGACAGUGAAAAUGGGAAGCCGGCUUUACGCGCAAGAGCAGCUUAGGAUAGCAUUGACAUCGAAAAUUGUUGAAUCGCCAUGAAAUUAUCUCGGUAGUGACCUCUGUAUAAUGUAUCAUCUAAGGAGCUGUUAAAGAGAAUUUUCUCUUAGUUUUCUGUAUAUAAAUGUGAAACCAAAUACUAGAGAUCUCAAGUUGAGGCUUUUUAGUUCAUGUAAACUUAGAGAUAUUAUGCAACUUCCUCAUUUUGUAUUCUUCAUGCAGGAAAUAAAUGAGAAAGCAAUAAUAGGUGCUGGUGAAUUUGAUGUUA